CCUAAAAUUACGAAAUUAUGUAAAAAUAUGGAGAUCACAGAGCAAGAGAAGGCUAAGACUUUGAAAGAGUUCAGCAUCCAGAGCAAGGCUGAUGGCAAGCCAUCAGCCAAUACUGAGCACUGGAGGCUAUAUGGUCAUCCUCUGUGUCCUUAUGUUGAGAGAGCGAAGCUCGCUCUUAAACAUCAUGAGGCAGAGUACCAGAAUGUUCACGUUAGCCUUCCUGAUCGUCCAGAUUGGUUCUAUAGCUACCAUAGAGGCGCAGUGCCAAUUCUAGAGAUUCCUGAUGCCUCAGGGACUAAAUUCAUAGCUGAAAGUACUAUUGUUGUAGAGUAUGUCGAUGACGAGCUGAAGGAUAAGUCACCCGCUCAUGCUUUAUUCCCAUCCGAUCCUUUUGAAAGAGCAAGCAGAAAGAUGUUCUUGGACAAGUUCAGAGAUCUAGGCUUGUACAUGUUCAGGUCUAUUCUGACAACUAAAGAGGACAAAAGGUCAAGAGAUUUAUCCAAAAUAGAGGAACUUUUAUCCAUUUUGGAAGAAGAACUUAGCACCUCUGGUGCUAAGUACUUGUUCGGGGAGGAAAAAUACGGCUUUGUAGAUAUCAUUCUAUUUUGCCAAGUUAAGCAGAUAUUAAUCCUUUCAAAAAAGAUAGAUUGGCCAAUCCAGACUUUCCCAUCUGUCAAGAAAUGGGUUAACAGGAUCAGAGCUGAGCCCAGGCUUAAAGGAGGUCUUAACAGUGAGGCAGACUUUCUGGCAAUGAUUCAGAGCUUCAAGCAUACAGGAGUUUGGGGUCUAAAGUACCCACUUGCUAAGAUAUAAUUGA